AUGGAGCACGUCUCGACGCUGUGUGCCGUAAGUACUGUUGGCAUUGCUGCAACUGGUUUUGCUUUGGCACGCCGAGAGCAACCUACCAGAUUUCAGUCAUUAUCUAGCUCCAGGAACUCGACACUUCCACGCAAUUCACCACCCGACACGGUCAAUCCGAGCCUAUCUCACCAUCAGGACGCAAGCGAACGGUCUUUACAGCAGCGAACAGGAUUUCAAUCAGUUGCUACGGACUCGGGACAAAACUUGGUACUGUCACAAAGGAGGAGGGAACGGCGGCGACGACAAACCGUGACGAACCCUCUCACGAAGGCAGUAGAUGAGACCACAACGCAGGAGAGCGCGGCAGCUAGCAGCCGACCGACAUCCUCGUGGUUGAGACGGAUAUCUAUUAUAUCUUCCACCACUUCCAGUUCGCUGUCCAGCCCAACCACCGCCGCUUCGUCUGUGAAUGUACCCCCUACACAGGCACACACCCGACGGGAUUCGACCGUCAAGGCGCCAAAUAAACUGGUCAAACGUUCAAAUUCACAGCAUUCCAUAAAGCAGUCAGCAAGGGGAACAGGGCGAUCCAGAUCAAAUACUCUCGGUUUGCGCCGCCCAGCUACCAGCCAUCAACGCUCUCGUGAUAUUGCUCACCGAGCGAGUCUCGGUCAGGAACCAGACUUUUCCAUUCCACCUGCAUUUCUAGAGAGCUCGCUGGCUAGAGAAAACGAGCUAGUGGAUUUAGACAGUCAGCAUUGGAGACCGUUCUUUGGCUCUACUUUUGGCAGAAGACGUCAAGGCUCAAUAAACAAUGCUAUAGUGACCAUCAAGCCGAGUCGCCCUCCUCACCCGCGUUAUUACGUCAAUUAUCCAACCUUGAUGCUUUCAACCUUGCUUAAGAUAUCAUCUAAUGCCAGCAAUAUGGCAGCAAAACAAAGCUCUUCACAAUCACCAUCGACCGACGCCAUUCCUUUUAUUGAUCCAUUCUCACGACAUACUGAUGGUACCAAUACCAAACUUACGAAACACACCCCCCAUGAUAAACGCAGGGCAGUCCGAUCUUCGUCCAUUUCAGAUAUGUCUGUGACCAACCGCAAAUCCGGAGUGACCCCAAUGAAAAGUGAUGGUAAAAGCCCUCUAGCUGCAGCACGUUUACACGGAAAAGGCAGGAUUGUGUCAAAUCCAUUACCACGAGACUCGGGUAAAGGUGGAAGCCCCCCGCUGCGACGCAAGAGGAACUUCACCGAAUCCGAUACAUUAAACCGACCUCAGACUGCCCCCGGUGCGAACCACAUGCAUAAGAAACCCCUAAACAUGGAUGAAUCAUUUCCACCAGAUGUUUCAUUUUCUGCCGACUUGCUCAAGUCAGCGGACACUUCGCUGGCUUAUAGAAAUGGAAGCUAUGAUAACAAAUCCUCUCCCAUCCAUUAUCCCCCAUCUGGGUCAUCACCACCGAUUAUUCGUUAUUCCCGAACCAAACGUCUUUCUGGGGCGACUUCAGAUUGGGCAUCGACCGUUAUAGGCUCGGAUGAUACUCGUGUCUUCACCUCAGCGGACGAAGACGAUCAAAGUGAUUCGGUCUUCGACUCAUUUCGCACAAGAGUAUCAUCUACCAGCCAGACUGGUCGUCGUGGUCCAAACAUUGAGACAAUAUUUCGCGACGUUUCAACUGAUUUCAAGAAUUCAGGCCCCGUUGCAGUUGAAGAACUUGGUUUUGAGAAUUUGCGACUGUCACAGUCAACCCCAAGAUCCUCUUUGAGUGAUAUCGAUUCUAAUACAACUCCGGUGACACUAUCCGCUGCCAAGAAUACAGAUGCAACGCCAACACCACGUGCAAAAAAAUCCCCCAAAAACUCGCUUCAUUCAUCCCCUCUGAAGAUAUCACAGGCUCCUUGUUCUAGGGACUUGGUUUUCAGCUCUGAUGAAGAUGCAGUGCUGGAGGAUGGUGACGAUGAGUUCGACACAUCAUUUGGAGAGAAUCUCAAUUUCUUCCAGCCCUAUGCUGACCCUGAUACAAACUCUCCUUCAUUAACACGAAAAAGCUCUGCGAUCGGCAUCAAGGCAAGCGUCUUUGACUGGUCUGAACAGACAUGGAGUGAGCGUGAUCCCCAAGCUCACGAGGUUCGGCCAAGUACUGUGCAUGGAAAGCAAGGCACCAAUCCCCGAAGCACCCGUAGACCGAAUCGGAAAGCCCCAAGUGCCAUACAUCUACGAAGCCAGAGCGUACCGGUCUCUCGAGAUGGUCCGGUUCCGAGCGAAAGCCGACAACCCUCCGCCAAAUUCGGUACCUGGGGCUUGGGUCAGAAGGGAGUGAGUGAAGACUGGGAUGGCGACUUUGACUUUGGUGAGGAAGAUGACGGCGAUAAUCUAGAACUUGGUGAUGGCACAACUUCAGCGGGGCGGAUGCAUACAGUGAAGGUACCACAGGCUAUCAUGGAAUCACAAGCCAGCGUUCAUGGACAAUACGGACAAGUUCAAGAAUUGACCCUCCUCGUCGAGGAAUUGAAACGUUUGCGGAUACAAGGCAACACGUUACAAGUCAUUGAUGGACCCGCUAACGAACUUUGGAAGGAAGCAGAUGGAAUUGUUAACCUUGCAACAUUUGAAGAUGAAGACACCAAUUGGCAGAUUCCCAAUUCACCAUCAUCUUGUGGGAGCUUCGAUGAUUUCGAGAAUUCGCCAUCCCCGUCACAGAAGCCAUGGAGAAAUAAUGAUAAUGACAUGAAACGGCCACCCCUUACUCUAUGGAGCGACAUGGAUCACAACUCAAAGGGUUCUAGUAAGAAAGAGCCUGCAGCGAAGGCCAAGUCUGUGCUAGAAACAAUCUAUCAGCAACGGGAAUCUUCCGAAGCUCCAUCGGUCGAAACUGCCAGUCAGCCACCACAGAAGCUUCCUUUUGAUACGCAAUCUCUCAAGGAAUUGGUCACUCGUGCUGGAGUUGUAACUCGUGCAUUGAAGGAUGUUAUACGUCGAGCUGAGGGUGUUACAUCUAACGACGAGCCUAUCCCAUCGUCAGAUCCCCCAUUCAGUCAAAUAUUCGCUCAAAGGUCAUAA